AUGCAUUACAACAAAGACUGCAGAUUUCGGGACCACAAAUGCCAUGAGUGUGGAAAGCACGGACACAAGGAGGGGUAUUGUGCAUGUUUUUCUUCGGCUAAAUAUUCAGCAAACCGUGCCAACAGCAGAGAUUCAAAGAAAAAGAAGUGGGAGUCAUCUACCAAAACAGUAACCGUCCAGAAGGUCAGCCAAGGGCGGAAGUUUGUUAAUCUUCGCAUAAAUAAUGUUCCACUACGCCUGCAACUGGACACAGGGUCCGAUAUUACCAUUAUUUCAUACCAAUCAUGGCUUGGUCGACCGAAGACGACAGCAGCGGUUUGCAGCGCUAAAACAGCAUCAGGAGAUCCACUGCAGCUUACUUCAGAGCUCCAGUGUAACAUUACCCUUAAUGGCAUUACAAAAAGGGGUAAGUGUUUGAUUGCUGAUCCUAACGUCCAUCUAGACAUUUUAGGUAUUGACUGGUUGAAUUUGUUUGAGUUAUGGAACCGACCAGUUGCAUCGUACUGCAAUCAAGUUACCAGUCAGCAAUCUCGAAUCGUAUUAGAGCUGCAAUCUCACUUUCCGGAAGUUUUCACGAAUACAUUGGGUUUUUGCAAUAAAACCCCAAUUAAGCUGGUGCUCAAAGGUACCCCCAAACCAGUUUUUAGACCGAAACGGCCGGUCGCUUACAGCAUGCAAAGCGUAGUGGAAGACGAGCUCAACCGUUUACAAAGUCUUGGUAUCCUCAAGAAGGUGGAUUUCGCCGACUGGGCCGCACCUAUUGUCGUGGUGCGGAAGCCGAACGGCACUGUUAGAAUCUGCGCGGAUUUUUCGACGGGUCUAAACAAUGCUCUAGAAUCGAAUCAAUAUCCGCUACCGCUACCAGAAAAUAUUUUCGCCAAGAUGGCUAACUGUCGUAUUUUCAGCCAUAUAGAUUAA